AUACUGUAGAAGAGGCUGUCUAUCACUAUUGGUAUAUUCUGGAUUAUCUCACGCUGGUAUCUGACCGAUAAACAGAGAUGCUGUCCCCUACCUUUUCACUGAUUGCCUUUGCAAUUAUCAAAGGGAUCAGUUCUCAAAACAUUUUGAUUCACGACCAAGAUUGUGGUGCAACCUAUCGGCUUCCAGAUAACAAUGACGUCAAAGUGACCUGUGGAACCCAAAAUGUGCAACUAUCAAUCUUUUUGUGCCCAAUUUACUUUGCUGGCUACAAUGAGAGCCUUGUGGCUUUAAACCGUCAAUUCAAUGACCCCAGAUGUCAGGGAACAGUUGAUGCAUCCGUUUCUCCUCCUGUUCUCAAGUUUACAUUUCCCAUCAGUGACGUCAACUCUACUUCCUGUGGAAACAAGCUGGUGAUCACGAAUGCUCCAGGAACGGGUGCUUUUAAAGAAUUUUCAAACAUCCAGUUUGCCAAUAUCAGCGGUAUGAUAGAAACAAAUGACCCAGUAGUAAAUGUCAUAACGUAUAACCAGGAGCUGGUGUAUUUGUAUUCCUGCUCCUACCCUUUGGAGUAUAUUAUUAAUGAUACUAGAGUGGAUGUGGCAGGAGUAAGUAUAGCCAUCAAUGAUAGGAAUGGCACCUUCAGGAGCACGCUCACUCUUCAGCUUUACAGUGAUGCAGAAUACACAAAUUCCUUGAUCAUCCCAGAAUCAGGACUCAGCUUGAAAACCAAGAUUUAUGUAGAAGUAAGAGCUACCAAGUUAACUGACAAGUUCAACGUCCUUCUUGAUCACUGCUAUACUUCAACCUCACGUUUUCAUUUAAAUUCUUCACUAACUUAUGAUCUCUUCAUUGGAUGCAACAAGGAACAGCAGACCAAUAUAGUGUCCAAUGGAGAGGAUCAAUUUGCAAGGUUCUACUUUGAGGCAUUUCGCUUCACUGAGCAUCAAAAACUGCCUGUCUCUACCUUCUUUCUACACUGUGCAACACGUCUCUGUGCAAAAGCUGCUUGCAGUGACUUUUAUCAAUGCAAAAGAAGAAAAAGAGAAGCACCAUUAAUAGUGAGUACCCCAAUACCAGAUGAAGUGUCUGAUCCUUCAGUAAUUAGCUCUGAAGAAAUCAAGACCAGGAAUGAUAAUGUGGUGAACACAAAUGAUAAUUCAGCAUCAACUUUAGCUACUGAAGAAGCUAUAGGGGUAUGUACUGGACUGGGCAUUGGAUUGGGAAUCGUAGCUGUCAUCUGUCUUGCCUUGAUUGCAGGAGGUGUACUAGUCUACCGAAAUUUUCAGAAGAAAAGCAUCUUAACCUAGGUUGGAAAACCCACAAAGGAAAAACAAAAAUAAUCAAUUCCCAUUAACUGAAGAUUUUGUACAACAUUCAGGCUUUCAAUAUUGCUUGCUAAAGUAGUUAUGCUGAGCCUUAUUUAAUCUUGCCGAUGAACACAAGGCAUAUUUUGUGGUUGGUAGCAACACAGAUUUUUUAAAAUGUCACUUGUAAUGAGAAUGUUUUGUGUUUGUAUUCAUUUUAAUUGCACCUAUGUAGGGAUUUUAUGUUGAUAUAUGGAAGAGGAGAGCAGCUGCAUUUAGUAGCUAAAGUGAAUAAAGCCUAGCUGUGUGGAGUCAUUAAAUUCACAUCAAGAAAAGGUAUAAAUUAAAGUGCACCAAAAUAUUGGCUCAAAAUUACUCUUAAAUGAUUUACAUAUUUCAGUCAAAUAUGGUUAUUCAAUCAGGUUGUUAAAAUUACUGCUUUUCAACAUUACUAUUUCUGAGCUACAGCAGUGCCUCAUGCCUAUUGUUACUGAAUUUUGACUUUUGGGAUACUUUGGAAAAGGAAGGCAGAUACAGAGCAAUGUUUUGAGGUAG